AUGGCAGCAUCGGACAGUGUGGCAACGGCAAAAACUCAAUGUGUUAAAAAGGUUUCCAAACCACUGAUGGAGAAGAAAAGAAGGGCACGUAUCAACAAAUGUUUGAAUCAAUUGAAAAGUCUCCUGGAAAGUGUCUAUUCCAACAAUAUCGGCAAACGAAAAUUAGAAAAGGCAGACAUUUUGGAGCUGACGGUGAAACAUCUGAGACAUCUGCAAAAUACCGAGAGAGGAAACUCCAUAAUGUUUGACUCUGCUGAAUACCAAGCUGGCUACAUAAGUUGUCUUGCAGGUGUCAGUCAUUAUCUUUUCACGUCGGACACAGACAGGAAUUCCCGCUCCAUCAUGCUGGCACAUCUUACAAGUGGUCUUUCCCGCGCCAAAGUUCCUGAUUUCAGCACCGCGGAUAGCGACGCCGCAAGGACCAUUGCACCAAGCGGAUGUGUCAUGGACAACAGCGGCACCAGAGACGCCAAUUCAGAAAUGUGA